AUGUUCGGGCUGCAUGCCUCACCCGCUCCCAAACAGGAAGCCUGGCAGGAAGCCGCCGCUGACCAGGCGGGACAGGGGGCUACGCCGCAGCCUGCCCAGUGCCAGCUCGAACUCGCCCGCCUCGUCCGCUCGGCUGGCGUAGCGGUAACCGAACCCGACCAGGGACAGGAUCUCGUCGGGGCUGGCCAGCCGGAUAAAGUCAAGGCGGUUGGUUGA